AACUACAACUCUUUCAAACCAGCGUCUGCUAGAAUACGCAAGAACCCAGAUGUAACCGUCAACCAAGAAGCAAGAACCAACAACUGCACCCAACAGGAAUAACAAAUUAUAAAUACCCAAAAGAAAAUAAAUAAACAGUAAAUAAUUUGUCGAGAGAGAAAGUGGUGGUGUGUUGCAUGAUUCUCUCUACAAAAUCAGGUCUUCACUUUCCUCGGUUCUUCUUUUACUUGCCGGAGAUUUCAUUUUUUUGAAAUUUUCUUGGAAACCAAACAAAGAAGCGGCGGAAUCAAAUGUGAUGGGAAGUGGACUGUCCACUCUCUUCCCUUGCUUUAAACCGCCAACCUGUACCGAUGACCCCAGCAGCGGCCACCAGCCGGACCUGAUCUUCACCGCCUCAGAGCCAUUGGAGGAGACUCUUGGCCACUCUUUCUGCUACUUUCGAUCCUCGAAUCGCUUCCUCUCUCCAACUCCUUCUGAUCGCUUUGUUUCUCCUUCUCAGUCUCUCCGUUUUUCGCCAUCUCACGAGUCGGGUCAGAGGACCCGGAGUGGAUCCGGUUUGCCAGAGACCGGGUUCAAGACCAUCUCAGGUGCUUCAGUGAGUGCUAACACUUCUACUCCCAGAACUGUCCUCCAGCUGGACCAUAUUUACGACGAUGCCACUGACGGUGGUGCUGGUGGCGUCAAGAGUAAUUUUCUGAAUGUUGGUGGAUUCGAGAGCACCUCAUCUUUUAGCGCUUUGACGCUGCAACCUGUGCCACGUGGUGGCGGAGGCGGUGGCGACACAGCGGAGAGAGGUUCGUACCUGAUGUCGGGACCAAUUGAGCGCGGGGGCAUGUCUGGUCCACUUGACGCGAGUAAUGCGGGGCCGUGCUCGGAUACUGGCGGGCGGGUUCACUUCUCGGCACCCCUUGGUGGCAUGUACGUAAAGAGGAAGCGACGGAGGGGCAUUUCGAGUAUGCGGAAGGCGUUCUACCGGAACUUCUCGGAGAAGAAGCGUCCUUGGGUUGUUCCAGUGCUUAAUUUCGUAACGAGGAAAGACCAACCCCUGGGGCCCACCGGAAAUGGGGCUGAGGAUACUAAGGGCGGGGAGAGCGACGUUCAAUGGGCCCUGGGGAAGGCCGGCGAGGACAGAGUCCACGUCGUCGUCUCGGAGGAGCAAGGAUGGCUCUUCGUUGGCAUCUACGAUGGCUUCAACGGCCCUGACGCCCCCGAUUUUUUGAUGAGCAAUCUUUACCGCGCCGUCUACAACGAGCUCCGAGGUCUCUUUUGGGAGAUUGAUGAGGGGCCAGAUGAGGCGACGACCAACGCACAAGGGGAUACGUAUCAAGAAAAUGAGACAAUUGCGGGAGUGGAACAGUCGGCAAGAAUCGAACAUAACGAAUCUGAUUCGGUGCCUCAUGAUCGAGCGAAGAGAGUGACAUUUGAGGAGGGAGCGGAGAUUAAACCACAAAAGCGGCGACUCUGGGAAUUUUUGGCGGAGGAUGAUCCCGAAGACGGUUUAGAUCUCUCUGGGUCUGACCGAUUUGCGUUUUCUGUGGAUGACGCGAUAAGCGUGAACAAUGCAGGGUCUGCUGCCAGGAGGAGAUGGUUGUUGUUGUCGAAGCUGAAGCAAGGUUUGUCGAAGCAAAGGGAGGGCAGGUUGUUUCCAUGGAGGUUUCGAUUGGAGGGGAAGGAGGAGGAGGUGAAAACAGAGGUGGAGGACAGUAAGAAUAGCAAAGUGGAGGGUUGUGGACCGCAGAGGAAGCGGAAGGAGGGGCCUAUUGAUCAUGAGAUGGUUUUGAGGGCAUUGUCAAGGGCACUUCAAAUGACGGAAGAUGCUUUCUUGGAUAUGACUGAUAAGGUGCUUGACUCGAAUCCUGAGCUUGCACUGAUGGGUUCGUGUUUGCUUGUUGUGUUGAUGAGGGACGAGGAUGUGUAUGUAAUGAAUGUGGGUGAUAGCAGAGCAAUUGUGGCAAUGUAUGAGCAGCAGGAAGCUGGACCUAGUGUUGGGGGGACCGAGAGUAGUGUAGAUGAGGGAGGAAAUAAGGAGGAGGGUAAGGCUGCUCGGGCACAAGCAACAUUGACUGCAUUGCAGCUUUCCACUGAUCAUAGCAUGAGCAUUGAAGAAGAAGUGACAAGAAUCAGGAAUGAACACCCAGAUGACAGCCAAUGCAUUGUCAAUGAUAGAGUGAAAGGUCGUCUUAAGGUUACCAGAGCAUUUGGGGCAGGAUUCCUGAAACAGCCCAAGUUGAAUGAUGCCCUGUUGGGAAUGUUUCGGAAUAAGUAUGUUGGUACAUCACCAUACGUUUCCUGUGUGCCCGCCAUUUGUCACCAUAGACUAUGUCCAAGCGAUCAAUUUUUAGUCCUCUCAUCAGAUGGGUUAUAUCAGUAUUUGAGCAAUCAGGAAGUGGUCUCUCAUGUGGAGAGUUUCAUGGAGAAAUUUCCAGAUGGGGACCCUGCACAACACCUGAUAGAGGAGCUUCUUUGUCGUGCAGCCAAGAAAGCUGGUAUGGAGUUCCAUGAAUUACUUGACAUACCCCAAGGGGAUCGCAGAAAGUACCAUGACGAUGUUACUGUGAUGAUAGUUUCCCUUGAAGGAAGAAUUUGGAAGUCAUCAGGAAAGUAUCUCUGAAAUAUUAAAACAUGGGGCAACAUAUCAAGUAGCCAUCUCUAUGAUUUAGAAAGGUUCAAUGCUGUGGGCAAAAACUUAAUGCUAGGUAGUCAUCAGGAGCUGAGCCAAUGCUUGAAUAUUUGUUGGCGGGAUAAAAGAAAAUGGGGAUGGCAGAUGGGUUAGAAGCAAUGCAAUUGUAGGGAUCAGGGAAAAAAGAUCAAAAAGAUUUUUCCCCCCCUUCUAGACUACAUACGAAUGUGUAGUCCAGUAGAGUUGUAAGGGUGCAAGUUAGAGAUCACAGGUUUAAUUCUCAUGUGGUGGUAAGAUCUUUGUAUAUCCUGCAUGUUCCAGAUUUUGCGCACUACGAGAGCCUUCUGAACAGGAGUGGUUGACCUUUUGUUUACCUUCUCUUUUUAGACUAAUGUUUUUGUUAGGAAUUUUUGCGUAGGUUGAGGCCAUAUCAAUGAUAGGUGCUUCCUUUUUUGUUUUUGUUUUUUUCUUUUCUUGACAAGAGUCAGAGAAAAGGUCUUGGUGGGGGGUAUACUGAGUUCAGCAUUUCCCUUGUAAAGGUGAGCUCUGUAAUUUUGAUGGUGGAUUUCUGCCAAUGCGGUUUAUGAAAAAGUUGCAGUUUCUUUUCGA